AUGUCAACAACUCUCCCUCCCAUGGAGUGUUUAUACGUAACUGAAGAAUUUCUUCGCGAAUUAAAGAGCGGAAACCCUAGCUUCCGUCUCCCUCACCCUGUACCUAUUCUUCGAUUUCUCUACGAGCUCUCCUGGACCUUGGUUCGAGGAGAAUUGCCGUUUCAAAAGUGCAAAGCGGCUUUGGAUGCUGUUGAAUUUGUUGAUAAAGUGUCUGCUGUAGGGUUGGGUUCGAAUUUCGCUGAUAUUAUUACUCAAAUGGCUCAAGAUCUUACAAUAUCUGGAGAGUACCGUACUCGUCUCAUAAAGUUGGCAAAGUGGCUGGUUGAAUCUGCAUUGGUCCCAUUGAGGUUUUUCCAAGAGCGUUGUGAGGAGGAAUUUUUGUGGGAAGCUGAAAUGAUAAAGAUAAAGGCUCAAGACUUGAAGGGCAAAGAGGUCAGGGUAAACACUCGUCUUUUGUAUCAGCAAACAAAAUUUAACCUUCUCCGCGAAGAGAGUGAAGGCUACGCCAAACUGGCUACUCUUCUCUGUCGAGGUUCUGAAGAUACAACUGAAAAUACGUCAGCAGCAACAAUAGGCAUCAUUAAGUCAUUGAUUGGUCAUUUUGAUCUGGACCCAAAUCGUGUUUUCGACAUUGUUUUAGAGUGUUUUGAACUUCAGCCUGAUAGCAAUGUCUUUUUGGAAUUGAUUCCCAUCUUUCCUAAGUCGCAUGCAUCACAAAUUCUUGGUUUUAAGUUUCAAUAUUAUCAGCGAAUGGAAUUAAAUAGCCAUGUACCAUUUGGGCUCUACAAGCUUACAGCUUUGCUGGUGAAGAAAGAGUUCAUUGAUCUUGAUAGCAUAUAUGCACAUUUACUUCCUAAGGAUGAUGAGGCUUUUGAGCAUUAUAAUAUGUUUUCUUCCAAAAGGCUGGAUGAGGCCAACAAAAUUGGAAAAAUAAAUCUGGCUGCUACUGGAAAGGACCUCAUGGAUGAUGAGAAGCAAGGAGAUGUGACAAUAGAUCUUUUUGCUUCUGUAGACAUGGAAACUGAGGCAGUAGCUGAACGAUACUCUGAACUUGAAAACAAUCAAACUUUGGGCUUGCUAACUGGUUUCCUUUCUGUGGAUGACUGGUAUCAUGCCCAUAUACUUUUCGAACGUCUCUCUCCUCUCAAUCCAGUUGCACAUACUCAAAUAUGUAGCGGCCUGUUUAGGCUCAUUGAAAAGUCAAUCUCAUUGGUAUAUAAUAUCAUUCGACAAACACAUGUUCAAAGUUGUGGGUCUCCAGCAGUUGCUGGUAUUGAUGCUAUGGAUGUGACAAGUUCUUCAGGCCAUGUCUCUUUAAUUGAUCUUCCCAAAGAAUUUUUUCAGAUGCUUGUCACAGUUGGACCUUAUCUUUACCGUGAUACAUUAUUGCUGCAGAAGGUGUGUAGAGUGUUAAGAAGUUACUAUAUGUCUGCACUUGAGCUUGUGGAUAAUGGUGAUGGAGCUCUAAAUGGUGAACUUCUUAUUCCUGGAAAUCGAGUUCCUCGUUUGCACCUAAGGGAAGCUAGGUCAAGGGUUGAGGAAGCCCUGGGAACAUGUUUACUUCCUUCUUUACAGUUGGUACCUGCCAAUCCAGCAGUUGGGCAGGAGAUCUGGGAAGUAAUGAAUCUCCUUCCAUAUGAGGUGCGAUAUCGUUUAUACGGUGAAUGGGAAAAAGAUGAUGAGCGGAAUCCAGUGGUUUUGGCUGCAAGGCAAACAGCCAAGUUGGAUACUAGAAGAAUAUUGAAAAGGCUUGCAAAGGAAAAUUUGAAGCAGCUGGGUAGGAUGGUUGCAAAAUUAGCUCAUGCCAACCCAAUGACUGUCCUUCGAACUAUUGUUCACCAGAUUGAGGCAUACAGGGACAUGAUCACUCCUGUUGUAGAUGCUUUCAAGUAUUUGACUCAGCUCGAGUAUGAUAUUUUGGAAUAUGUUGUGAUUGAGCGGUUAGCACAAGGUGGUCGUGAUAAGCUGAAAGAUGAUGGCCUUAAUUUGUCAGACUGGCUGCAAUCACUGGCUUCAUUCUGGGGUCACCUGAAUGUGGAAGAAGUAUAUGUUUUGGUCGGAACUUGUUUGCUACAUCAUUCUGCUAAUGUGAGUCCUGCAGAAGUUAAUACAUUGAAUGGGGAUAGUUCACAGUCCCCAGAACUUUUACUUUUCAUUUCGUUGAUGAUAGUGCAUGCACAUAAGUUGCUGGAGAUCUUCAACAUGCAAAAGAGAGAGAUGGUAGCGGGGAAGACUGGUUUAAUGAUGUCAUAUCUAUGGCCGAUGCCUGGUUUGGUUCCAAUCUCUUGUGAACAGAAAUUUCACUACAGUCUGGAAGUUGGCAAGCUUGUUUGGGUGGUUAUCUGUAGCAGACAGAGGAACUGGGGGAGGUGCAAGAAGUACCCAUCAAUGGAAUUGAGAGGCCUUUUCCAGUAUCUAGUGAACCAGUUGAAAAAGGGCCAGGGGAUUGAACUUGUUCUUCUGCAGGAGCUUGUUCAACAAAUGGCAAAUGUUCAAUACACAGAAAACUUAACAGAGGAACAGUUGGAUGCUAUGGCAGGGAGUGAGACUCUUCGGUAUCAAGCUACUUCUUUUGGAGUAACUCGAAAUAACAAGUUUACAGUUCCUACUGUGGCAGAACUUGAGCAUAGGAUUGUUAUUGCUAAGGAUGGAAGUUUUGACUGUGUGAUCCUCCUUUUCGCUUUUUCACCUCGGACAUUCCCUGAGUCAAUUUCUAAUUUAUUCUCUCUGCAGGCAUUGUUCAAAUCUACCAACAGGCUCCGAGACUCAUUGCUUCCUAAGGAUGAACCAAAGCUAGCGAUCCCCCUUUUGUUGCUUAUCGCUCAACAUCGUUCUGUGGUUGUCAUAAAUGCAGAUGCACCCUACAUUAAAAUGGUCAGUGAGCAGUUUGAUAGGUGUCAUGGAACUCUUCUUCAAUAUGUGGAAUUCCUCUGUAGUGCCGUGACACCACCCUCUGCAUAUGCUCAGUUGAUUCCCUCUCUUGAUGAUCUUGUCCACAUGUACCACCUUGAUCCUGAGGUUGCAUUUUUAAUAUACCGCCCAAUCAUGAGGUUUUUCAAGUGUGAGGGUAGUUUAGAUGUUUUCUGGCCCUUGGACAACAAUGAAACUGUAACUACUACAACGGCAAACCUGGAGCCUGAAGUUAGAGAAUAUUCUGGCAGAGUGAUUCUGGAUCUUGGCUUUCCGCAUAAGCCUGUAAUGUGGUCGGAUCUUCUUGAGACUGUCAAAACCAUGUUGCCUUCAAAAGCCUGGAAUAGUCUCUCACCUGAUCUCUAUGCGACUUUUUGGGGACUCACACUUUAUGAUCUCUACGUUCCUAGAAACCGUUACGAGUGUGAAAUUGCCAAGCAGCAUGCUGCUCUUAAAGCUCUGGAAGAGCUUUCCGAUAAUUCUAGUUCAGCGAUCACUAAAAGGAAGAAAGAGAAGGAAAGGAUUCAAGAAUCUCUCGAUCGCCUGACUAGUGAGCUCCAUAAACAUGAAGAAAAUGUUUCAUCUGUUCGUAGACGACUAUCUCAUGAAAAGGACAAAUGGCUGACUUCCUGUCCUGAUACUUUGAAAAUCAACAUGGAGUUCCUGCAGCGCUGUAUUUUUCCCCGUUGUACUUUCAGCAUGCCAGAUGCUGUAUAUUGUGCCAUGUUUGUACAUACACUUCAUUCCCUCGGCACUCCAUUUUUCAACACAGUAAACCACAUCGAUGUUCUGAUAUGUAAAACGUUACAACCUAUGAUAUGCUGCUGUACUGAAUAUGAAGCAGGUAGACUUGGGAGGUUUUUGUAUGAGACAUUAAAGAUUGCUUACUACUGGAAGAGUGAUGAAUCUAUAUAUGAACGUGAGUGUGGAAAUAUGCCUGGAUUUGCUGUGUAUUAUAGAUUUCCAAACAGCCAACGGGUUACAUAUGGUCAGUUUAUCAAGGUCCACUGGAAAUGGAGUCAGAGAAUGUCUCGGUUAUUGAUUCAGUGUCUGGAAUCAUCUGAGUACAUGGAAAUUCGAAAUGCUCUUAUUUUGUUGACAAAAAUUUCUGGAGUUUUUCCAGUUACUAAAAGGAGUGGUAUUAACCUUGAAAAACGAGUAACUAGAAUCAAAAGUGAUGAAAGGGAGGAUCUCAAGGUUUUGGCCACAGGUGUUGCUGCAGCUUUGGCUGCUAGAAAGCCUUCAUGGGUUACUGAUGAAGAAUUUGGCAUGGGAUAUCUUGAAAUAAAGCCUCCAUCUUCUGCUUCAAAGUCUUUAUCUGGAAAUGUAGCAGCGGCACAAAAUAGUUCUGCCCUAAAUGUUUCUCAAGGUGAAUCUGCUGAGGGAAGAGCACUUGUCACUGGAAGCCUACAUGUAGAUCCUGGGAAUUCAACCAGAGAGCAGAUAUCCAGAGCAAAACAUGCUGAUGGGAGGUCAGAUAGAACAGAAAAUAUCUCACAUGUGAAAUCUGAUCAAGGACAUCCAAAAUCAAAAGGUGGUUCAUCAACCAAUGGCUCAAAUGCUCAGUCAGCUGUUUCCUCAUCUACUGUCCCUAUAGGAGCAUCAAGAUCAGCUGAAAAUCAAAAGGGGUUGGAUGACUCAGCAAAUAGAACAUUGGAGGAUGGCACGGUCAGACUUACUCCAAAGAACUUAGCAGAGUCUGAGGUGAAAGUUUCCACAAAGCGACCGGUUUCUAAAGCACCAAAGCAAGAUGUUGUCAAAGAUGACAAUAAAUCUGGAAAAGCUGUUGGCCGAACUCCUUCCUCUUCCACAAGUGACAAAGACAUCCAGGUUCAUUUAUCAGAGGGCAGGCAAGGGGGCACUGCUAAUGUUUCUUCUGCUCUCACAUCGAAUGGUGGUGCAGUUUCAGUGUCUGGAAAAGUCUCUACCAUGUCUACAAGAACCUCUGAUUCUUAUGGUGUUGAAUCAAAGCCAGAUAGUGGAGGUAACAAACCUAUGCUAAAAGAUGAAGCAACUGAAGUUGCUGAUGUGCAGAAGCCACCUUCUCGACUUGUUCAUUCUCCUAGGCAUGAUAACUCUGUUGCUGCUUCAAAGUCUAGUGAUAAGUUGCAAAAGAGAGCAAGUCCUGCUGAAGAACCUGACAGAUUAAGUAAACGGCGAAAAGGGGAUGUUGAUUUGAGAGAUUUAGAGGGUGAAGUUAAAUUCUCUGAAAGAGAGCGGUCCACAGAUACUCGAUCUGCGGAUCUUGAUAAAGUGGGAAAUGAUGAACAGAAUAUAUAUAGAAGUGUGGAUAAACCUUCGGAUAGGUCAAAAGAUAAAGGUAACGACAGAUAUGACAGGGACCAUAGGGAAAGAUCAGAGCGUCCUGAUAAAUCGCGUGGAGAUGAUGGUUUAGCAGACAGAUCAAGAGAUAAAUCAAUGGAAAGAUAUGGAAGAGAGCGUUCAGUUGAGAGAGGGCAGGAUAGGGGUACUGAUAGGAGUUUUGAUAGACUAGCUGAAAAAGCCAAAGAUGACAGAAGCAAAUUACGUUACAAUGAUACAUCUGCAGAAAAAUCUCAGGUUGAUGAUCGUUUUCAUGGGCAAAACUUGCCUCCGCCACCACCUUUACCUCCUCAUAUGGUUCCCCAAUCAGUUACUUCUGGUAGAAGAGAUGAAGAUGCUGACAGAAGGUUUGGAACUACCAGACAUGCUCAGAGGCUUUCUCCUAGGCAUGAUGAGAAAGAACGAAGACGAUCAGAAGAAAAUUCCUUGGUUUCACAGGAUGAUGCAAAACGAAGAAAAGAAGAUGAUGUUCGUGAGAGAAAGCGAGAAGAGCGAGAGGGGCUGUUGUUGAUGAAGGUGGAAGAGAGGGAGAGGGAGAGGGAAAGGGAGAGGGAGAGAGAGAAAUCCAACCUUUUGAAGGAGGAAAUGGACGCUAGUGCAGCUGCUAAGAGACGGAAACUUAAAAGAGAUCAUCUGCCAACAGGGGAAGCUGGUGAAUAUUCUCCUGUUGCCCCACCACCUCCACCCCUUGGUAUGGGCAUGUCACAAUCAUAUGAUGGUAGGGAUAGGGGAGAUCGGAAGGGGGCCAUGAUUCAGCGCACAGGUUACUUGGAGGAACCUCCCAUGAGGAUUCAUGGUAAAGAUGUAGCUGGCAAGAUGGCCCGCCGUGACACUGAUCCUAUGUAUGACCGGGAAUGGGAUGAGGACAAGAGGCAGAGAGCUGAACCCCCCAAGCGGAGGCAUCGCAAGUAG